CUUCUUCUCCACCUGCUACUAUGUCUUACAACAACGAUAACGACAACUCCUACGGGUCCGGAAACAACAACUCUUAUGGGUCGUCAAACAACGACUCGUUCGGUUCCAGGAACAACAACCGAUCCAACGACGACUCCUACGGGUCUGGUAACACAGACACGUACGGCAGUCGCAACAACUCUUCUUCCAAUGACACCUACGGGUCUACCAAGUCAGACUCGUACGGUUCUUCCACUGCCACCGGCGGCAACGACUCAGGCUAUGGAGGAGGAUCGCGGAACGACGACUCGUAUGGGUCUAGCAACCGCUCCUCCAAUAACGACAGCUACGGGUCAGGCAAUCGUGGUUCCAGCGGCGGCGACAGUUAUGGGUCUGGACGUGGGGGGAGUGGGGGGUAUGGAGGCAGCGACAACUACGGGUCGAACAACGAUCGUUCGUCCUCCGCCAAUACCUACGGGGGGAACGACUCGUACGGAUCUGGUAACAACGAUUCGUACGGAUCCAAGACGUCCGGCAACGACUCGUAUGGUUCUGGGAACAACACCAGCUCGUACGGAUCAAGCAACAAGGGCGACUCGUACGGGUCGGGUAACCAGGAUAGCUCAUAUGGGUCCGGUAACAAGGACAGUUCGUACGGCUCCGGUAAUACAUACGGUUCCGGCAACAACGACAACGACAACUCGCACGGUUCAUCCGGGAACAAUCAGAGCGGUGGGGGUGGCUGGGCAGGCAAGGGCGUGUCGUAUGCCGCGCAGAAGGCCGGGUACAACCUUGAUUCAGACACGGCGGACAAAAUCGGUGAGGGUCUCCGCGAGGGCUUCUCCAAGUUCAGUGGUGGAAAAUUCUAAAAAAAAAAAACACCACGGGAAAUGCAUGAGACACGGAAACGUAAGUCUGAGGAACUGGAAUUUGAAUACCAUGUAACAAAAUAUUAGCGUAAAUUGUUUAACUCUGGAAACAUGUGUGCUAGUUGUUCGGGAUUUGACCUCGCGUCCCU